GGGGUGACCGCGGCAGCUUUCCAAUCUUUGGGAAUCUGAGACGAUACGAAAGAGAGAUUGAACAGGCUAGUAAUAGGGGUUGCAACAAUUUCAGCAGAUAAUUUUAGAAAGAGAGGGUCCAGAUUGUCUAGCCCGGCUGAUUUGUAGGGGUCCAGAUUUUGCAGCUCUUUCAGAACAUCAGCUAUCUGGAUUUGGGUGAAGGAGAAAUGGUGGGGGCUUUGGUGGGUUGCUGUGGAGGGAUCCAGGCAGUUGACCGGGGUAGGGGUAGCCAGGUGGAAAGCAUGGCCAGCCGUAGAGAAUUGCUUUUUGAAAUUCUCAAUUAUACUGGAUUUAUCGGUGGUGACAGUGUUUCCUAGCCUCAGAGCAGUGGGCAGCUGGGAGGAGGUGCUCUUAUUCUCCAUGGACUUUACAGUGUCCCAGAACUUUUUUGAGUUAGUACUACAGGAUGCAAAUUUCUGUUUGAAAAGGCUAGCCUUAGCUUUCCUAACUGCCUGUGUAUAUUUGUUCCUAACUUCCCUGAAAAGUUGCAUUCGAUGCUAAUGCAGUACGCCACAUUAUGUUUUUGUUCUGGUCAAGGGCAGACAGGUCUGGAGUGAACCAAGGACUAUAUCUAUUCCUAGUUCUACAUUUUUUGAAUGGGGCAUGCUUAUUUAAGAUGGUGAGGAAGGCACUUUUAAAUAAUAGCCAGGCAUGAUCUACUGACGGGAUGAUGUCAAUGUCAUUCCAGGACUUUUAUUUCAACGGGAACCUGCCUGAGUGAACUACCUUAAUUUAUCCACCAUUUUGAUAAAAUUAUAUGAAACGUUCCGACAUUUCGAAUUAUAUCAAACAUGCACCUUCGUUGAUUGGCCAAUGAUACAAGUAAACGUUGUUACGUACGGUUACGUACGGUUCUGGAGCCUAUCACAGCGCACGUGUGUCUAAGAGCGGGACCUUCCAAGGGGGAGACGAAAGUUCUGCAAAUUCAUCUUUGUUUUCAUUUGAGUCGACGAUGUUGGUGUCCGUUACAAAUUAAUCGGUUAGUCAAGUUAACAGAUACACAUAGCUAUAAUUUACUUUUAGUGGAAAAAAAUAUAACCUCUAUGGACAUGGUAAACUCAAACACUGACUUCAAACCAAGAAUAUAAGAACAAUCCAAGUUCCUGUUUAUAUAAAGAGUCAGAAGAUGGAGGAGUUGUACACCCUUGAGAGGGAGGUCGGGCGGGGCAGCUACGGGGUGGUCUAUGAGGGACACAUGUCUAAAACAGGCGAGCGGGUUGCCAUAAAACGCCUACCCUGCAGUAGCCCAGAGUGCAUCGAGCUUUACCUCCAGGAGCUGUGGGCCAUGAGAGCCACGGCCAAGAACCACCCCAACGUCAUCGCCCUCCAUGGCUGCCUGCUGCAGACCGGACCCAAGACCCUGCAGCCUCUCAGGCCAGGCAGGCUGCCUCUGGACCUGGUGGAGAGCGCCCUGAAGGGGAGCGUGGUGGGGAUAGAGCAGAACCCGGUGCAGAAAAGGAGUAAGUCCGACGACUCCCGGUCUAAAACUAAGAACAGAACUAACUCAGGUGGUCUCUUCAGAACCAAGAGCAGAUUGAGAACUAACUCUGAGUCAGACUUCUUCAGGUCCAAAUCCCAGGAAACAACUAACUCUGACUUAUCCGUGUCCAAAACACCUGUGAGGAAAAUUUCUGGCCUCUCCAGGCCCAGAAAGAGACCAGCCCCCACUGGAAAGAAGGAGAACCGUGGUUCCAGGCACUGCUUGGCCCUGUGGCUGGUGAUGGAGUACUGUGAUGGGGGAGACCUGAACCACUACCUGUUGUCCAGACCUCCAGACAGCCAGAGGAACCACAGCGUGGUCCAACAGCUCAGCUCAGCCAUGGCCUUCCUCCACCGCCUCCGCAUCGUACACAGAGACCUGAAGCCAGACAACGUGCUUGUCUCUCUCACGCCUAACGGGCCUCUCAUCAAGGUGGCUGACUUUGGCCUGAGUAAGAUGAGCGUUGAGGGGGGCCAGGGGAUGGAAGGAGACACCAGACAGCACUUUUCCUCUACAUGUGGCUCUGACUUCUACAUGGCUCCAGAGGUGUGGGGUGGCCUCAGCUACACGGCCCAGGCAGACAUCUUCUCCCUGGGGGUGAUGUUCUGGGCCGUCCUGGAGAGACUCACCUUCCUGGAGGAGGGCUCCACACAGGAACAACUGGGUGCGUAUGUGUGUAAGACCCGCUGGCUGAUGCCCCUGGGCGAGGCGUUGUGUGAGAACCCAGACCUCCAGGUGUGUAUCCCCAUGAAGUCCCGCCGCGCCCCCUCUCUACCGCCCCCUCCUGGCCAGGCCGUCUGCACCCUGCUACUGGACAUGCUGGCCUCAGACCCUGACGCCCGGCCCACCGCCGCCCAGCUGGAAGACAGGGUCCGCUCUGCCAUUGAGGAGGAUGCACAGUGACGGUCUGCGUCCCAAAGGUUACCCUAUUCCCUAAAUAGUGCACUACUUUUGACCAGGGCCCUUAGGGUUUUGGUUAAAAGUAGUGUAUUAUACAGUGAUAUUGGACCCUGGUCAAAAUAAGUGCCCCUAGAUGGGGAAUGGGGUGCAUAUUGGGAUACAGAGCUUCUAUAUCCAAUGUACUGAACACUCAUAGUCAGUCUUAUUUGCUAGCUGUGUGAGGGACCAUGAUGGAGUUAAACCCACAAUGUUGGGUUGAUGUUGCCACUUGUCAGUACCAUGCUAACCGCUGGUGCUUCUCUUCUCAUCAAUAUAUUCAGUUGUAUGUGGUCCCUACAGAAAUUGAACCCACAACCUCGGUGACCCAAUGCUCUAGCCAUCUUAUGGUCAAAAUAAACUUGUGCUAACUUGCCAGCACCAUGUACGCACCACCGUCACCAGGAACAACUACUGCUACAUAGGAACCUAUGGUUCUAAGAUGUACCUAGCCUUUUAAAGAUGCUUUUGGGAAACGGGGCCUUAGUCUUCUGACUCUGAGGGAAGCUAACUGUUCUUUAGGCACAUCAAUAGACCUACUGGGUUAAGGAGUGAGUGAGUGAGUGGUGUUUUUUGUCUUCGAUGCUACAAACAGUAAGUUACAUGCUUUCACUGUUUGGUUCGCUAGACUAUAGGCCUACGUUGUGGUCAGAAAUGGUUUGCACCUAAUAUUUAUUUCAUUAAUUGUGUAAUUUACUUGAAUGAUUGUAUCAAUGCUUGAAGAUACCACUUGAUGCCAAUACGUGUAUUAAACUGUAACAUUUUUAUUUUAAGGGAAUUUGAUUUUAAUAAAUACAUAU